CAUCUGGGCUCUGUCAGAAAGUGACAGCUGUGUCGACUCUCCACAGUCUAAAUGUGGUCACCGGCACCGAGCGAUUAAAACUGGAGCUCGUUUAUGUUUUGUUUCGCUUUGAGCUUCUUCUUCUUCUUCCUCUUCUUUUUUUUUCUUUUUUCCUUUGGUUGUUUCCGGCUGUCUCGCGCGCAAACAUUUUAAUUCCGUUUUUCUUGUUCAAGCCGAUUCUUCCUUGUUUUCAGACCUGAUUUCGAAUAGUGAGAGAUUUCUUUCUAUAUAUGAAUUAAAACAUUGAAAGAGAAAUAAUAAUAAUAAUAAUAAUAAUAAUAAUAAUAAUAAUUUCAUCGAGAAAGUUCUCACUAAUCCUGUGUGUGUCGCGCGCGCUCUCUUUAAUCGCCUUGGCAACCGCUUUGCGCCAGAACUCGGUGACAUUUCGCUGUCGCGCGACGACUCGCGUUCGCUCUCUCUCUCUCUCUCUCUCUCUCUCUUCUGCUACUUGGCGGUUUAACGCUGUUUUUCUUCGUCAGCAUGCGCUCUGAUAACAUCGUACAUCCUUCCGUUGUUGGCUUCCCGUGAAGGAAGUGGACUGAAAGCGACCGGCUUUCGAGAAAUUUCGUUUCUUUUCGUGUCUCUCGUUCCUCUCUCGCCAAAAAAAUAAAAUAAAAUAAAAAAUGCCUGUUCGGCGUGGACACGUCGCUCUCCAGAACACCUAUUUGGACACCAUCAUCCGCAAAUUCGACGGCCAAAACCGCAAGUUCCUGAUUGCCAACGCCCAGAUGAAGAACUGCGGCAUCAUCUACUGCAAUGAGGGCUUCUGCCAGAUGUUCGGCUUCUCGCGGGCCGAGAUCAUGCAGCAGCCGUGCACGUGUCACUUCCUGGCAGGACCGGGCACCAUGAAGAGCGCCCUGGCUCAGCUGGCCCAGGCUCUGCUCGGCUCCGAGGAGCGCAAGGUGGAGAUCCUCUACUACUCCAAAGAAGGGACAUGUCGGCCAUGUUUGAUAGACGUGAUUCCAGUGAAGAACGAGGAGGGCGUGGUCAUCAUGUUCAUCCUGAACUUUGAGGAGCUGCUUGAGCCUGCGAUAAAAAUGGGCUUCAAACAGCGAGUCACUCAGAGCUGGAUACGCUCAGCUCAGAAACGUAAACUGAGGCUGAGAAUGCCGUCGUUACGAGUCACGCGCCAACCUUCUUACCCCAAAGACCAGUUCGAAGGAGUCGUGGUGGAUUACCUGCAGCCUCCCAGUACAGAUGUGUCUCUGAAGGGUUUCCCUGUGCCAUGUAAAGAAAGCUCCCUGCAGUGUGAGACUCAGGCUCUGAUCCAUCAGGAGCACUCUUUCACCUCGCCUUCCUCCAGCCUGGAGCCCGGCGGCCCCCAGGCCCCACACACACACUCGCGCACACACUCCCGAGAGAGUGUACACAGCCUGCGGCGCGCCUCAUCACUGCACGACAUCGACGCCAUCAGGGACCAGUGCAGCGAUGCCUUGAAGCCCAACAAUGUGAACUCCACGUCGGAUUCGGAUCUCAUGCGGCAUCGUGCCAUCGGACGGAUCCCUCAGGUCACGCUGACGUUCGGGGCGGAGCGGGUCAGACCGCCCUCACCCACCGAGAUCGAGAUUAUUGCCCCUAGCAAGAUUAAAGACCGUACGCAGAACGUCUCCGAGAAGGUCACGCAGGUCACGCAGGUGCUGUCCCUGGGAGCCGACGUGCUGCCCGAGUACAAGCUGCAGGCGCCGAGAAUUCACAAGUGGACGAUCCUUCACUACAGCCCGUUCAAGGCCGUAUGGGAUUGGCUGAUCCUGCUGCUCGUGCUCUACACAGCCGUGUUCACGCCGUACAGCGCCGCCUUCCUGCUCAGCGAGCAGCAGGACGGUGGCCGAGGCGACUGCGGCUACACCUGCAACCCACUCAAUGUGGUGGACCUGGUGGUGGACGUCAUGUUCAUCAUCGACAUCAUCAUCAACUUCAGGACGACUUACGUGAACCGCAACGACGAGGUGGUGAGCCACCCGGGCCGUAUCGCGCAGCACUACUUCAAGGGCUGGUUCCUUAUUGACAUUGUAGCGGCGAUCCCUUUCGACUUGCUCAUCUUCAGAUCCGGCCCAGACGAGCCCCAAACCACCACUCUGAUUGGCUUACUGAAGACAGCACGGCUGCUGCGUUUGGUCCGCGUGGCACGGAAGCUGGACCGGUACUCGGAAUACGGUGCAGCCGUCCUCUUCCUGCUCAUGUGCACCUUCGCACUCAUCGCCCACUGGUUAGCCUGCAUCUGGUACGCCAUCGGCAACGUGGAGCGCACUGGCUCUUCUCGCGGAGGCUCCUUGAGGAUCGGCUGGCUCGACAACCUCGCAGAACAGAUCGGCAAACACUACAACGACAGCGAUGCCUUAUCCGGACCCAGCAUCAAGGACAAGUACGUCACCGCUCUGUAUUUCACCUUCAGCAGCCUGACCAGUGUGGGAUUCGGCAACGUCUCGCCAAACACCAACCCCGAGAAGAUCUUCUCCAUCUGCGUCAUGCUCAUUGGCUCUCUGAUGUAUGCCAGUAUCUUUGGGAAUGUGUCGGCUAUAAUCCAGCGUCUGUACUCGGGCACAGCGCGCUAUCACACACAGAUGCUGAGGGUGAAGGAGUUCAUUCGCUUCCACCAGAUUCCUCGAGGCCUGAGGCAGAGGCUGGAGGAGUAUUUCCAACACGCCUGGUCCUACACCAACGGCAUCGACAUGAACGCGGUGCUGAAGGGUUUCCCGGAGUGUCUUCAGGCUGAUAUCUGCCUGCAUCUGAACCGCACUCUGCUGCAGAACUGCACGGCCUUCCACGGUGCGAGUAAGGGUUGUUUACGAGCUCUGGGCAUGCGCUUUAAGACCACUCACGCUCCCCCGGGCGACACGCUGGUGCACAACGGAGACGUGCUCACGGCGCUCUACUUCAUCUCCCGCGGCUCCAUCGAGAUCCUGCGAGACGACGUGGUGGUGGCCAUCCUGGGUAAGAACGACAUCUUCGGCGAGCCCAUCAGUCUCUACGCGAGGCCUGGGAAAUCCAGCGCCGAUGUCCGAGCUCUUACCUACUGCGACCUGCACAAGAUCCUGAGGGACGAUCUGAUCGAGGUGCUCGACAUGUACCCCGAUUUUUCCGACUGCUUCUGGACCAACCUGGAGAUCACCUUCAACCUCCGAGAUGCAGACAGAAUUAUACAGCCGAACCCUGGAGAGGAGUCAGACUGCGGAUACAGACGAGGACAGCAGAGGAGACACUCCCUCCAUCGCAACAGACCGGACGGCACAGAUAGAGAAGAGACUUAUCCAGACCAGUCAUGCGGCUCCUUGGGGAACCACAGGGGGGUGCUGUUGCACUCACAAUGGGAGGAGCUGUGCAGCAGUGUGAGUGCCGCCUCUUUGUCCAGUGAGGACAAGAUCAAACACUCAGGGCCUGGACAGGGAGAUGUGCAUGCUCAGGAUGUGAGGGAAUACCUCCCUACUGUGGUCAACCUCCUGCCCCCCAGCACCGGAGAACGAGGAGCUCAUCCCUUUUCAGGUGUACCAGAGUCUCUGAACGUCUCGGGGCUGUACGGCUGCUGGUCCGAGCGCAGGCAGAGUCAGUACGCAGAGAGACCGAGGCGCUUGUCGACAUCACGCACCUACCAUCAUCAUCAACAGCGUGGUGCAAAUGCAGAGGAGAGACCGGGCGAUCUCCAGUCUCGCCUUGAACUGCUGCAGUCCCAGCUGAACCGAUUGGAGACGCAGAUGACGGCCGACAUUAACGUGAUCCUGCAGCUGCUCCAGCGACAGAUGGCUCAAGUGCCACCCGCUUACAGCUCCGUAUCUCCAGCUCCAGCGGCACAUCACACCACUCCUCCAUCCGGCCUGUACGGGGCUCCGAUUUUCCACCCUGGGACUGCUGAACACGUCAGAGAGCCAACACACUCCUCCACCAACACUAGUCCAGACUCGGACAUCUCUAACCCUCACGCGUCCCUGUCCAGCGGCGUCCACCUCACCGCAGACGAUGCCACAUCCGUGUCCCUGGAUCCUGACCCAGAGCCGUGCGUCCAAGAGAAUCUCAACGUCCCUGAAAACCUGCAUCCUCACCUCAGCCUGCGUUUCCCGUCUCUCCCUGAGCACCUGGAGAGCCCAGAUGACGCAUCACACGUCCGAAGGCACCUGUCCGACCCUGGACUCCCGGGCAGCUAGAGUCCUGAGCGUCCUGUCUUCUCAUCUCCACUGCUGGACCACACGUGUGUCCUACAUUAACUCUACUGCAGGACACGACAGAGUCGCAGUCCUCCUUCUUCCUCUUCCCCUUCUCUUCCUCCUCUUUUUCUUUCAGAUCUUCUGGAGACUGUGAGCUUCGAACAAACUCUAAGCCUCCACACAUGGACCCAGGGAUCAUCCGUAUCUGAGCGGAGACGACCCAGUACCCAUGGUUUGAGACAAACACGCUCAGAUACCAAAAUACAAAGUGUGUUAUGUGAGAUCAUGGGUUCGGCUCUGCCGUGACGACAAAGCGAUAGUGUUAUUUAUACUGACACUAUACUGACAUCAGGAAGACACUUACAUCUACAAUACCUACAUCUAGCUUUUUCCUUCACACAGGGGUGAAGGUUCGUACCCCUGAAUUAAAACCCGGGACUGUUCAUGAAGGCUGAUUUCUGAUCGGUUUACCGUUGUAUCCAAACCUCUAGCGAAAGAGAGACGCCGUGUUUCCCGACAGCGAGGCUCACUCAACACUGAUCAUCAAAUCAUGAUGUCCGCUUACUUUACCACGAAUUUAUUACGAAAAAUCAAACAAGGAAUUAUUUUCAUUUAAAUUCAGCAUUCCAGGAAACGGGAAGUUGUGUGGAAAAAUUCAUUCCAGCUUCCCUCCAGGAUUUCAGAGAUUUUUUUUGUCUUUUGAUUGUUGCAUCCGUAAUGACCUUCUGUGAGACUUGAAAGCUCCAUACUCUUGAAAGGUAGAGGAAUUCGACGGAAUGCGUGUUUUGAUGAAUGUCACAGGAUCAUCAGCGUCUCUGCAGAAAAUCGGUGUCAUUUAAAAAAAGGAAUAAAAUAAACCGCAAGCUUCUCCAAACAUCCUGGAGUUUGCUUGAUUUCUGCAGUCGCGACAACAAAAACCCUGGAAAUCCUGGAGGGUCUCUCUCGGAUCUCUGUGAAAUAUUAAGUGUAAAAACCUCCACCCUGAUACACAUAAAAUAUUUAACAUUUAUUUAUUACCUAUAUUUUUGAUCCUGUAUACUAAUUAUCUCAUGCGGCAAAUAUUCAGGUUUCGAUCUUGGACUUUUAAAAACAACAAACCAAAAGCUUCACCGUUUCAUAACGUCAUGUUAGCGAGAAACCUAAUUCUCAGAGACUCAACAUCCCAGAAUGCAAUGGAACUAUAUUACAGAAGUUUAGCCGCUGAGCAGAACGAAGCACUAAAGUGUAUUUGUAUAGCGCCUUAUAGAGUGGACAUUGUCUCAAAGCAGCUUUACAGAAGAAGAGAAACAGAGAAAGGAGAGAAAAAAAUAAAUAAAUAAAAUAAAAAUAAAUAAAUUAUUAAAGGGCAGCACGGUGGCUUAGUGGUUAGCACUGUUGCCUCACAGCAAGAAGGUCCUGGGUUCGAACAGGCAGGGGCCUUUCUGUGUGGAGUUUGCAUGCUCUCCCCGUGCCUGUGUGGGUUUACUCCGGGUACUCCGGUUUCCUCCCACAGCCCAAAAACAUGUACGUUAGGUGGAUUGGUCAUUCUAAAUUGCCCAUAGGAGUGAGUGUGUGUGUGUGUGUGUGGUUGUCUGUCUAUAUGUGUGGCCCUGUGAUGGACUGGUGACCUGUCCAGGGUGUACCCCUGCCUUUCACCCAGUGUGUGCUGGGAUAGGCUCCAGCAGACCCCCGUGACCCUAAUUAGGAAUAAAGCGGGGAUGAAAAAUUAUUAAACUACUUUAUCUCUAUUUUAUCCCUAAUGAGCAAGAGAUGGUGGCAAGGAAAAACUCCUUGAGAUGAUACGAGGAAGAAACCUUGAGAGGAACCAGGCUCAGAAGGGAACCUCGUCCUCAUUUGAGGGACACUGGACAGUAAAUAAUGUAACUGUAACUGAUUAAUGUCCUUUAUUCAACAGCAAUCAAAGGCCCAUGAGGAACUAUUAGGUCAGUGUAGUUUCACUGUAGAGAUGACGUAGUUAGGAAAUAAAUCUGAGUACAAGUUACACUGUAGCUGAACGGCAUUCUGGGUAACGUAGGAAAGCGGGACUUAAUUUCAAUUUAUUUGUAUAGCACCUUUUACAAUGGACAUUGUCUCAAAGUAGAGAAAGAAAAUUAUUAUUAUAUUAAAAGAAGAGAAAAUUAUUAUUAAAUAACCUCGUGGUCUCGGACACUGUCGAUCAUCACGUCUUGGUUAGAAAGAUUCAGAGAGGAGUUCCAGAUGUUUCCUCACACAAGCCUGAUGUUCGGCUCCUGUAGUCAUUCGUUCACGGACCCGGACGUUUUGAACAGGUCAGUGACCGGUCAGAUAAACGCCACACACUCUCUGUUCACGUUUUGAUUAAAAAUAUAAAGGACGUGAUUAUUAUCCCGGCUGUUUCUGUUUAUCGAAGCCGUGGAAUUUUUUAAAACCCUGAGCUGGAAGACAUGGUUAGGUCCAUGAGGAGAUGGAUAAAGCUGCUCGCUUUGGAGUUUGGGGUUAAACGCUGAAUUCAGACGAAAGCACUAGAAGAACGUGGAUGGAGAUGAAGCGUGAGUCUCCAAGCCUAAAAAGACUGAGAAGCUGGAUUUUAAACACACUCUCAUUACUUAGCAGCUCAGUUUUCAUAUCUUCUAGCUAGUUUAGAAGGUGGAGGAGAUCUGAUUGCACAGAUAUACUAACACAGUGAUUUUAUUUUAUUUAUGUGUUCGGACACCUGACAUUACCUCCAGGCAUUGUGUAUUUCUUACUUCAGCUUCAAUUAUUUCCAGUUCUUCGGUGGAGUUUGCUAAGAAACACAGGGAGAGCUCUCUAUCUCUCUCUCUCUCUCUCUCUCUCUCUCUCUCUCUCUCUCAGGAUUUGAACUUGAAUGAGUUAUCUGAUCAGUUAUCACAACUCUAAUGUCCAGAUUUUAGAGACGGUCCCUGAGAACACUGAGAACUCUCGCCUCAGACAAACUGAACCUUUUUACUGCCUCUAAAUUCGACACUGUAAGUAAAUAUCUCUGGCAUUUUUGAACUGUACGCGUCUCACAGAUCUACGGUGGCCUAGAAGUGCAAAAAGAAUAACAAAUCCGAAAACACAAGGACGAUUCAGACAAAGAGGAAAAAGUCCGGUGUAGUUUGCGAAUGGAAUUCUGGCCUCUGAUUGGACGAGACAUCUGUCACUCAGGAUACACAGGCAGUAGGAAAUUGUGUAACUUGAUUUCUUGUACAUGUGUGGAGUUCUGCCUUCACUUUAAACCAUAUUUUAAAUAUUUUAAAGACAAUAACAAACAUAUAUAUUCAUAUUUAUAAGAAAACAUAAUUGAUUCAGGGCUACUGUGAUGAAGGAGGUUCAUAUGGCGUGAUUUUGGAUAUUCUGAUAGCGUAUCAUGGAGUAAAGAUUAGUUUGCGAUCUCUAAAAACUCACCUGAAGAACGCAGGAAUGUUUCCGAGACCAAACUAUUCCAGAUUAAAGGAUGUAAGGAGCGCUAUAAGAGCAGAGCUGUGUUCAUACACACACCAAUCCACUUUCUACUGCUGCAGCUACUGCUGGACCUCCUGUAGAUCCUGAGUGACGGAUGUCUCGUCCAAUCAGAGGGAAGGAUUCCGUUCGCAAACUACACCUACCUUUUGUCUGAAUUGUCCUUUGGAUUUGUUAUUGUGUUUUGCACUUCUUGGCAGUUAGCGAACCACAGAAAUGUGUUUUCAGUGUAUAAACUCGUGAUGUUUCAGUCGUCUUCUGAUUAUAUUCCAGAGAAUUAAGCGUUCAAUGUUAAAUGACCGGACACAUCAAUCACGACUGAUUCAUUGGACAGGGAUAAAGACUGGACUUAGUGAAAAACAUGCCAAAGUGUGUGUGUGUGUGUGUGUGUGAGAGAGAGAGAAUAUUACACUGUACGUUAUUGAAUGUUGGACACAUGAAGAAUGUGAAUCUAGGUCAGAUUCAACAGAAAACUUGUGCCUGACUGUUAAAGGUUUACCAAAAAGCACAAAACUGCUGGGUUUUAUUUUUGUUUUUUAGAUUAAAGAUUAUUUAUAACACAACAAGAUUGUGUAUGUGUAAUCAUUUCCUAAAUAAA